AUGUGGUUCUCCGUCCAGUCUAGUCUUUUGCUGGCUGCUUCCCUUUCGUCCGUCGCUGAGGCAGAACGUGUGCUGGGUGCUUACAUUUUUGCGCGCCAUGGAGAUCGCUCCCCCAAGAUCUUCGGUAGCACUACUCUCUCUGAUCUAGGCUACCGACAGGUCUUCGAUGCCGGUUCUUAUUACAAUGACCGAUAUAUCUCGGACAAUUCCUCCAAGCAGAUUGAAGGCAUUAGUCCCGAGAUCGUCAACCCUAAGCAGAUCAGCGCUACUGCUCCAGCGGAGAAUGUCCUGCAAAAUUCGGCUUUCGGUUUCUUGCAGGGAGUCUACCCUCCUGUUGGCAAGGUUGCUUCCCAGACUCUGGGCAAUGGCUCCGAGGUCGAGGCUCCGUUGGGCGGUUACCAGCUGAUUCUCUUGUCUGAAUCGACUACCAGCAAGGAUGCCGAAGACUCGACUUGGUUGCAGGGCUCUAGUGGCUGCCAAAAGGCAACCGUCAGCAGCAACAACUACUUCACUUCCGACAUGUACACCAAGUUGCUAGCCUCAACCAAGGACUUCUACAAGUCCCUGGAGCCCAUGCUAUCUGGUGCCUUUGCCACAUCUGACAUGACCUUCAAAAACGCCUACACCAUUUUCGACUACUUGAACGUCGGCAAAAUCCACAACUCCAGCAGCGAGUUCUCCCACAAGUCUGACCUGACCGACGAUGUCUACCACCAGUUGAUCUCGCUGGCCGGCAGCCACGAGUACAACCUCGCCUACAACUCGUCCGACAAGGUGCGCGCCAUUGACGGUGCCGUUCUAGCCGGCGAGAUCAUGUCCGCCCUCAACGAGACCAUUGCUACCAAGGGCAAAUCCAAGUUGAACAUUGGGUUCGGCUCCUACGGUACCAUCUUCUCUCUCUUCGGUCUGCUGCAGAUGCCUGCUGCAUCUGUUAACUUCACGGGAAUCCCCGACUAUGCGUCCUCAAUGGUCUUCGAGUUGGUAACCGACGCCGAGGGCACUGAUUUCCCUACCGACAAGUCAGACCUCAGCGUGCGCUUCUUGUUCCACAACGGUACUAUUACUGGUGGAUCUGAGCCCACCGCGUACCCGAUGUAUGGUCAGUCCAGCGAGCUUAUUUCCUGGAAUGACUUCGUCACCAAGACCACUGAGAUUGCUGUUGUCAACGAUGACGAGUGGUGCACUAUGUGUGGAAACACAGAUGGAAAAUGUGCCAGCUCUGACAGCACCAGCUCUUCUUCCGGCUCUGCUAGUGCUUCCAGCACUGGUGGUUCCGGUAUGUCUCGCGCUGUGGCUGGUGUAAUUGGUGCUAUGGUUACCCUGGCAGUUAUCCUUGGCUUGCAGGCUCUGUUCUUCCUUGUUGGUGGAUUCCGCAUUGCGAAGCGUAACAAGAACAGCCCUGACAUGAGCUCCUCUCCUGUUGCGGAGGUGGAGAAGAAGGCUUAG